UCGUGCCACAUCGAUCGCGUGAGAUGUUCUAAACAAACACGUACUAUCUUGUCGGAAAACAUUGUGUGCCACGUCGGUUAAAUAGAAGGUCAUUUUUUCGAGACGAAUUCAGUUUCACACAAGCAGCUCCGUUGAACGUGUUAACUGAAAGCAUGGCGCUCCUCGCGAGAAUCGCUAAGUGUGAGACUCGGUUUACCAGAUCCUAUAGCAAUGCCGCCCCGACGGUUAAAAUGUACAUCGAUGGACAAUUCGUAGAGUCAAAAACCACAGAGUUCAUUGAUGUCCAUGACCCAGCGACAAAUCAAUUGCUAUGUCGCACUCCAAAAUGCACGAGAGACGAGAUGGAGAAUGCGGUACAGAGUGCACAGAAAGCAUACGAGAAGUGGCGGCACACCAGUGUGCUAACGAGACAAAAUUUGAUGCUAAAAUACCAGGCUCUUAUUCGCGAACACUCGAAAGAGAUUGCGGCAAACCUCGUGAAAGAAAAUGGAAAGACCAUGGCUGAUGCGGAGGGAGAUGUGCUUCGCGGUCUUCAGGUGGUCGAUGCGUGCACAUCGAUCCCGAUGCUCCAAAUGGGCGAAUCCUCGACCAACAUCGCCACGGACAUGGACAUUAUCUCGUACAAAGUACCUCUCGGUAUUACUGCAUCUAUUUGUCCCUUUAACUUUCCCGCCAUGAUACCGCUUUGGUCGUUUCCGAUAUCCGUCGCAUGCGGAAACGCGGCUAUCCUGAAGCCGUCGGAGCGAGUACCAGGUGCGUCCAUGAUCCUCGCUGAUCUCUUCAAGAAAGCCGGUGCACCAGCUGGCAUUUUAAAUGUAAUACACGGCCAACAUGCAGCUGUGGACUUCAUCUGCGAACAUCCCGACAUCAAGGCUGUCUCGUUCGUCGGUUCCGAUCAGGCGGGCAAGUACAUUUACAAGCAGAGCAGCGCGCAUGGCAAAAGGGUACAGUGUAAUAUGGGCGCCAAAAAUCACUGCAUAGUUCUCCCAGACGCGAAUAAGAACAAAACGCUGUCGCAAAUCGCCGGGGCGGCUUUCGGUGCCGCCGGCCAGCGAUGCAUGGCACUCUCGGUAGCUAUUUUUGUGGGUAAAUCCAAGGAAUGGAUACCCGAACUAGUGGAGGCGGCUAAGAGGUUGAAGGUAAACGCCGGUCACGUGCCCGGCGCGGAUCUGGGACCUGUUAUAUCGCCGCAAGCGAAGCAGAGAAUCAGCGAACUGGUCGAAUCCGGCGUUAAAGACGGCGCGAAAUUGGCACUCGAUGGAAGGGGCAUCGUUGUGUCCGGCUAUGAAAACGGAAACUUUGUUGGACCCACAGUGUUAACUGACGUUAAGCCGACAAUGAAGUGUUACACGGAAGAAAUAUUCGGACCCGUUUUAUCGUGCGUGUUCGCUGACACUACCGACGAGGCCAUCGACAUCAUCAAUAAAAACCCUUACGGCAAUGGCACGGCAGUUUUCACGACAAAUGGAGCGACGGCCAGGGCAUUCGUGAACAGAAUCGAAGCCGGCCAAAUCGGCGUCAAUGUUCCCAUACCCGUGCCCCUACCGAUGUUCAGUUUUACCGGGAACAAGGGUUCCUUCCUCGGCGAUAUGAACUUUUAUGGCAAAUACGGAGUAAAUUUCCACACACAAACGAAGACAGUAACACAGCUAUGGAGAUCUGGUGAUGCUACCGAUAUCGCAUCGUCGACGGCGAUGCCUACUAUGCAAUGAGACUGUAAUUAUAUGUAACUUUACAUGGCAUUACGACGUACCAAAAGCUUCACUCAACUUCAUUGUGUUCUCAAACUUUAUGAGUAAGGAAAUUUAACAAAACUUAAUUCUGCAGUUCAUCACGCAGUUGUAAACAAUGUCUUCUAUUGUUGUGUACAUAUCGCUGUUCCUACUAAUAUUGAGCAUAUUUUUAUAGCCUAAAUAGACUACAUAUAUUUUUUUAUACCAUAAUAAAGUGUAAUUCAAAUGUCAAUCCUUUAUGUAUACCUUAGGCAUAAAAAGUUAAUUAAUUAAACUAAUUGAAAAAGCUAUAUACAGAA